ACAGUGACGUUUCUCUCAGAUCUCCGUCGUUUGUUGUAUUGUUGGUAAUUGGAAAAAUAAUUGAUUAAUACGCAUCUUUACAAGAACUGUAACAACUACGAUCUGGCCGUACCUCAUAAAGAUUUUCGAAAAACUAUGGAAGUUGAUCAGUUUGCCGUUGAAUUUACAUAUACCGGCGAAGGCUCGCGGCUGCCUUUGAUUGAUGAAUCGUCGGCUUUGGGAACGCAAGCACCGAAAGAUAGAUUAAUAGCUGUAUUGGAUCAAGUUGAAAUGAGAGUGGAAAGGUUGCGGAGAGACACGGUACGAAUUGAGGAGGAAAAAGACUCUUUGCUGUCUACGUUAGACAGUGUGAAGCAUUCUGAUCUUCUUGCUGACAUUGUAGAGUGUGACAAGGAGGAUAUUAUACGGUAUGCAGAUCGCAUACUAGCACGAGCUAUGACUGUUGAGGUCGCCGUACGAACUGAUCGCGAUGCCCAGCAGGAAGAAGCUUUGCACCAGGUUAACAUGUACAUCGAUCAGCUUGUGAUGUCCUUACAUGAUGAUACUGUGGUAGCGCACUCUCGCUGCCAAACUUACAUGAAUGCUUGCACCUCCCACCCGGACCCUUCCAGUGGCACAGAUAAAAAUUUCGAGACUGCUAUCUUAGGUUGUACACUGGAUGAUCAGAAGAGGAUCAAGAAACGUCUCCAAGGUUUGUUGGAUUACUUUGCGAAGCUCAAUAUUACCACCUGCUCGUGAGUCGAGGACAUGCUUAAGGACAAAUUGGUCUUGAACUGAUCAGUUCUAUUGCCAGCUUUUUUUUUUAAACAGUGUAUUGGAUGAAAGUGGGAGAUAUACAGAGCAAAAUAGUAUUGAUAUGAGGUUUUGGCCACUCUUUAAGUGAUGAAGGAAAUUUAUUUAAUAAAUUUUACUUUGCAUAUUGCAUCGUAUUCUUGUGUAGUAAUAAACAAAAUCGAAUGAAUAAAAGUACGCACAGCGGCACGUAACGCUACACACCACCACCGUAAGCAGACAUCUGUCAGUAGAGAACUUAUAUACGAAGCGCGGGUGGUACAAAUUCGACAGUGUAUAGUCUGACGUGCAGCCGUGUGUAUAUCUAGAGAAUUGAAACACUAUUUCCUUAAUACCCAGUAGAUAGGCAUUCGAAAAUUUAAUAAUAGGUUCAAGUAUUCUCGGUAUUUGGAUCAUAAUAGGGAUGACCUGUAAUUAGACGUGAGUUUUUAUUAUAUAUGCAUGUACUUCUAAACGUGUUGGUGACAAAUUAGGAAUUUUAAUAUUCGUAUUAAGAUUCCGAGUAGCUCUUGAAUUAAUUUCGAACAAAAAUAAAGUUGAUUCGAUUUAAUAUUUCAAUACUUGACGUUUCUUCAAAAGAAACAAGCUUAUUAGGAAUUUUUUUAACAUAACUAUGAUUUUCACAUUUGAUAUUAAAUAAUUUUACAACAAAACUACCUGUCUCACUCCAAAAAGUUUAACUUACAUCGUGAUUAAUAACUCUUUAUGAAAAGAAUGUAAUAUUACACUUAUAGAUAGCAAGAUUAUGUCCUUCUUAUCUAAUUGAAGAAUUCUCCUAUUUUCAUCUACACUGCAGUGGUUAUAAGCUUUGGCAAAUGUGAUAUCUGUACUAGUAAAUAUUUCAGUCUUAAUUGUUUCGAGUAGUUUAAUAUUUCUACAUGUAAGACUAUAGCUUAGUAUUCAAGUACCUUAUGAAUAGCUAUUUAAUAAAUUUGUCAAAGUUUCUAAGCACAGUCAUGUUAUUAUUUUAAAUAUUUUUGAAUUGAACAACACAUUUGUUGGGCUAAUUUCAGUAGUUUGAAUGUUUUUUUUUUUUAUUUUUAAUUUAAUCUUAUCUUGUGUUCAAAGAACCGAUACCAGAUUAAAUAAUUGAAAUACUGUGGAAUAUGUAUUUUGAUCUAAAAUUACAAGUUCUUACGCUUAUUUGGAUCGAAAAUUUAUUAAUUUUUCAAGGUUUUUAUGGGAAAAGAUAUUGAGUAUAAUAAUAUAUUUUUGAGUAUUUGAAUAUUCUUAUUGACAGCCUAAGGCUAAUGUUGUACAGUUUGUUUCAAAUAUGAUGGUAUAUUUGUCACAUUCAUAGAACAUUUAUGUUAGAGUUAUAAACAGUAAACAAUUUAAAAGACAUUGUUGGAACUGCUAAUAAAAAAUGUUUUAUGUUAG